GUAAAGCUGCAACCAUGGCUACUACUACUACUACUACUACUACUACUGCUGCUACUACUGCCUUUAAGCUCCUCCUCCUCUUCUUCGUAUUCCUCAAUGCACUAAGCACUACAGAAGCCAGAGCACCAUCAUCAAGAGCUUCAAGAAGACAGACAAACAGACACACAGAUGAAGAGCCAGACCACGCACAUGUACUGGGGAGAGGAGGAAGCGGAGCGCGGGCGCCUGGGGUACGCAUAGAAGACACUAACUACUGGUACCCUAAGAUGCAGCAAGAGCUAAAAGAACAGCUGGCAAAGACUCCCCUCAUAAGACAGGCAAAGAAUAUCGUUUUCUUUCUUGGCGACGGGACCUCCAUCAGCACAUUGACGGCCGCCAGACUCACCAAAGGCUAUAGGACGGGCCACUACGAACAUGAAGUAAUGGCAUACGAAAAGUUUCCUUACUUCUCUCUCAUUAAGACAUACAGCGCGGACAAGCUGGUGACAGACUCCGCCGCGAGUGCCACAGCCUACCUGAACGGUGUAAAGGGCAACCAGGCAACAAUAGGCGUGGACGCGAGGGUUCUUCUCAACGACUGUGACGCCAUGAACAACCCAGAGUACCACACCACCUCCAUACUCACUGACUUCCAGAACGCUGGGAAGUCUACAGGCAUAGUGACGACAACCAGGGUGACGCACGCUUCUCCAGCCGGUACCUACGCACACACAGCUGAGAGACACUGGGAGAACGACGAUGAUAUUAAUGAUGAUGAUGGUGACUCAGACAAGUGUGAUGACAUAGCUGAACAACUGGUGCUGGGAGAGACUGGUUCCAAAAUAAAGGUUAUCUUGGGUGGGGGACGGAAGAUGUUCACUCCUAAGGGCGUAGAUGACCCAGAGGAAGGUGAUGGAGGACGCAGGGAUGACGGCAAGGAUCUCAUUAAGGAGUGGAUUGACCAUAAGCAGGCCCUAGGGAACGCCUCCUACGUCUGGCACCGCUCAGAACUUCUAAACCUCGACACUAGCAACACUGACUAUCUCAUGGGCUUGUUUGACUGGAGCCAUAUGUCCUUCGCCGUGGAUGAAGACUCUUCCAACCCCAGCCUGGAGGAGAUGACCAGGGCAGCCAUACAGAUCCUGAAUCGUGACCCCAGUGGCUUCUUCCUGUUUGUUGAAGGAGGACUGAUAGACCGCGCCCACCACCUCAACGAAUACCGCUCAGCUGUAGAAGAGGCGCUGGAGUUCGAAAAGGCAAUAGAAGCAGCGGUGUCCCUAACUGACCCCGAGGAAACACUGAUUCUGGUGACGGCUGACCACUCCCAGCCUCUCGUUAUCAAUGGCUACCAGGACAGGAGGAGUGACGUGCUGGACAUCGCGGACUACUCAGACGUGGACGGCCUGCCCUACACAACCCUGCUGUACACCAACGGGCCAGGCUACAGAGGGGAGGUCGGUGGUUCACGGCCAGACCCCACCGACGAGGAUAUCAGUGAUCCGCACUACAUAGGGGACAGUGCGGUGCCUAUGACCUCUUCCAAUCACGGAGGGGAGGAGGUCUUUCUGUACGCGACCGGCCCACACGCGCAUCUCUUCACGGGAAUACACGAGAAUGCAUUUAUCCCGCACGCUCUGAGAUACGCAGCUUGUGUUGGAAAGGGCAUUCAUUUCUGCGACACAAAGGAAGAGAGACAGACAGAGGAGGAGGAGGAAGAGGAGGAGGAGGAAGCAUUGAUUGAAGCCAAAGAUCAAGAGGAGGAGGAAGAGGAGGAGGAGGAGGAAGAAGAAAAGAUAGAGAGAUUGUGA